AUGGCGGCGGUGGCGGCAGUGGAGGCGCGUAGGAGGCGGUCUUGGACCGCUUUGGUACUGGCCUGUUUAGGGGUCUGUCUGGGAAUUACCUUCGCUGUGGAUAGAAGCAACUUCAAGACCUGUGACGAGAGUUCCUUCUGCAAGAGGCAGCGAAGCAUACGGCCAGGCCAUUCUCCCUACCGAGCCUUACUGGACUCUCUGCAGCUUGGUCCUGAUGCCCUGACAGUCCAUCUGAUCAACGAAGUCACCAAGGUGGUGUUGGUGCUGGAGCUCCAAGGACUUCAAAAGAACAUGACUCGCAUCAGGAUCGAUGAACUCGAGCCCCGGCGGCCCCGAUACCGUGUGCCAGAUGUGCUGGUGGCCGAUCCCCCCACAGCUGGGCUGUCUAUCUCUGGCCGGGAUGACAACAGCGUGGAGCUCACCAUCGCUGAGGGACCCUAUAAAAUCAUCUUGACGGCACGGCCGUUCCGCCUUGACCUACUGGAGGACCGCAGCCUUCUGCUCAGUGUCAACGCCCGAGGACUCUUAAAUGUAGAGCACCAGAGGACCCCCAGGGUCUCUUUCUCGGAUAAAGUUAGUCUCACGCUCGGUAGCAUUUGGGAUAGGAUCAAGAACGUUUUCUCUAGGCAAGGAUCAAAAGAGCCAGCUGAGGGCGAUGGGGCCCAGCCUGAGGAAACGCCUGGGGAUGACGACAAGCCAGACGAGACCCAGGGGAAGCCAGAGCAUGAUGAGCCAGGAGCCUGGGAAGAGACGUUCAAAACUCACUCUGACAGCAAGCCUUACGGCCCCAUGUCUGUGAGUUUGGACUUCUCUCUGCCAGGCAUGGAGCAUGUGUAUGGGAUCCCCGAGCAUGCAGACAACCUCAGGCUGAAAGUCACUGAGGGUGGGGAGCCGUAUCGCCUCUACAAUUUGGACGUGUUCCAGUAUGAGCUCUACAACCGCAUGGCCCUGUAUGGGUCUGUCCCCGUGCUCCUGGCACACAGCCCCCUUCGGGACCUAGGCAUCUUCUGGCUCAACGCUGCAGAGACCUGGGUUGACAUAUCCUCCAACACUGCCGGGAAGACCCUGUUUGGGAAGAUGCUGGACUACCUGCAGGGCUCUGGGGAGACUCCACAGACGGAUGUUCGCUGGAUGUCUGAGAGUGGCAUCAUCGAUGUCUUCCUGAUGCUCGGGCCCUCUGUCUUUGAUGUCUUCCGGCAGUACGCUAGUCUCACCGGGACCCAGGCAUUGCCCCCGCUCUUCUCCCUCGGCUACCACCAGAGCCGCUGGAACUAUCGGGAUGAGGCUGACGUUCUGGAAGUGGAUCAGGGCUUCGAUGAUCACAACCUGCCUUGCGAUGUCAUCUGGCUGGACAUUGAGCAUGCCGACGGCAAGCGGUAUUUCACUUGGGACCCCAGCCGUUUCCCUCAGCCCCGCAAUAUGCUUGAGCAUUUGGCCUCCAAAAGGCGGAAGCUGGUGGCCAUUGUGGACCCCCACAUCAAGGUGGACUCUGGUUACCGCGUACACGAAGAGUUGCAGAACCUGGGUCUAUACGUUAAAACCCGGGAUGGCUCUGACUACGAAGGCUGGUGCUGGCCAGGCGCAGCUGGUUACCCUGAUUUCACCAAUCCCAAGAUGAGGGCCUGGUGGGCUAACAUGUUUCACUUUGACAAUUACGAGGGCUCAGCUCCCAACCUCUAUGUCUGGAAUGACAUGAACGAACCGUCUGUGUUCAACGGUCCUGAGGUCACCAUGCUCAAGGAUGCCCAGCACUAUGGGGGCUGGGAGCACCGAGACGUACAUAACAUCUACGGCCUCUACGUGCACAUGGCGACCGCGGAUGGCCUGGUGCUGCGCUCCAGGGGCAUCGAACGUCCCUUUGUCCUGAGCAGGGCUUUCUUUGCUGGCUCCCAGCGCUUCGGAGCCGUGUGGACUGGGGACAAUGCUGCUGAAUGGGACCACAUGAAGAUCUCCAUUCCUAUGUGUCUCAGCUUGGGGCUGGUGGGACUUUCCUUCUGUGGAGCGGAUGUGGGCGGCUUCUUCAAAAAUCCAGAGCCAGAGCUGCUUGUGCGCUGGUACCAGAUGGGUGCCUACCAGCCAUUCUUCCGGGCUCAUGCCCACUUGGACACUGGUCGGCGAGAACCGUGGCUGUUACCGUCUCAGUACCACGACAUAAUUCGAGAUGCCCUGGGCCAGCGAUACUCCUUACUGCCUUUCUGGUACACCCUCUUCUAUCAAUCCCAUCGCGAGGGGAUCCCGGUCAUGAGGCCCCUGUGGGUGCAUUAUCCUAAGGAUGUGACCACUUUCAGUAUAGAUGAUCAGUUCCUGCUUGGGGAUGCAUUGCUGGUUCACCCUGUAUCAGACUCUGAGGCUCAUGGUGUGCAGGUCUAUCUGCCUGGCCAAGGGGAGGUAUGGUAUGAUGUUCAGAGCUACCAGAAGUAUCACGGUCCGCAGACCCUGUACCUGCCUGUAACUCUAAGCAGCAUCCCUGUAUUCCAGCGUGGAGGGACCAUUGUGCCCCGGUGGAUGCGAGUGCGGCGUUCUUCAGACUGCAUGAAGGAUGACCCCAUCACUCUCUUCGUUGCACUUAGCCUCCAGGGUACGGCCCAAGGAGAGCUCUUCCUAGACGAUGGGCACACGUUCAACUAUCAGACUCGCCAUGAGUUCCUGCUGCGUCGGUUCUCGUUCUCCGGCAACACCCUGGUCUCCAGCUCCGCAGACCCCAAAGGCCACUUUGAGACACCAAUCUGGAUUGAGCGGGUGGUGAUAAUAGGGGCCGGAAAGCCAGCAACCGUUGUACUCCAGACAAAAGGAUCUCCUGAAAGCCGCCUGUCCUUCCAGCAUGACCCUGAGACCUCGGUGUUGAUCCUGCGCAAGCCUGGCGUCAAUGUGGCAUCUGACUGGACUAUUCACCUGCGAUAA